CGUGUUUCUGACGGACAACAACAAAACUGUCCAGCUGAGUGCCAGCUGUGUAGUGAAUAUUGGUCGUAACUUAAUACAGUUGUGGAUUUAAAUUAAUUUUCUUUCGGACCCUUGUGGUUGAAGGGUCUCAGUAGACGGUUAAAUGUCUGAUGCAUCAGAACUUCCUAAAAAAGAAGAAAAGGAGGAGGAGGUUACACCUGAACCAGAGGAGCAAUCGGACGACAGCAGUGGGGAAGAGGCUGCAGGAGAGACAGAGAUGGACUUCCUGCGGAACCUCUUCUCUAGCACCCUUGGUCUUGGCUCGGCAGACAAAGUUCUGGAUGAGCUGACUCUGGACGCAGUGGCCCGAUACAUAAAGAGCGGAAAAUGUAAAAACAUCAUCUGCAUGGUUGGAGCAGGAAUAUCUACAUCUGCUGGGAUCCCUGAUUUCCGUUCACCAGGAACUGGCCUGUAUGCAAACCUGCGAAAAUAUGACCUGCCAUACCCAGAGGCCAUCUUCCAGAUAGAUUACUUUAAGAAACAUCCAGAACCUUUCUUUGCCUUGGCCAAGGAGCUUUACCCAGGACAGUUUAAGCCGACAAUCUGUCACUACUUCAUGAAGCUGCUGAAGGACAAGGGGCACCUGAGACGCUGCUACACCCAGAACAUUGACACCCUGGAGCGUGUGGCCGGGCUCGAGGGAGAGGAUCUAAUUGAAGCUCAUGGAACGUUCUACACGUCCCACUGUGUCAGCUUUUGUUGCCGCAAGGAGUAUAACCUGGACUGGAUGAAAGAUAAAAUAUUUUCUGAUGACAUUCCCCGAUGUGACAAGUGCAACAGUUUGGUGAAGCCAGAUAUCGUUUUCUUUGGAGAGAAUCUACCUGUCCGGUUCUUCACUUCAAUGAAGAUGGACUUUCCCUGCUGCGAUCUUCUCAUCGUCAUGGGGACGUCCCUGCAGGUCCAACCGUUUGCAGGUCUAGUCGGGAGGGUUUCAAAAAGUUGCCCCAGACUGCUUAUUAAUAUGGAGAAGGCAGGGCAGGCUGAUCCUCUGUUUGGGUUGUUGGGUUUUGGAGGAGGAAUGGACUUUGACUCAGACAAGGCGUACAGAGAUGUAGCUCACAUCAGUACAUGUGAUGAGGGCUGUUUGGCUCUAGCUGAGCUGUUGGGAUGGAAGGAGGAGCUUGAAGAAUUGGUGAAGCAGGAGCAUGCCAGGAUUGACAGUCAGGACAGGAAAGAGAAGGCCAGUGGGAGCAAAGGAGCAGCAGCCAAGGCCAGCUCUGCAUCAGUAGCACCAGAGCCAGAAAAGGAAGAGUAACUUAUUAAAAAGCUCCUUUUCUAAAGAAACGCUGAUGUAGUGAUGUCACCGUUUGGAGUUGGCCCUUAAAGGGAGAUGAUGAUACCAGGGUUUUUGCUUGGAAGUGAAGCUUCGACGGGUGUCACACUCUCAUUUUCCAUCUGCGGACAUUUAAUUCUCCUAAACAAUCUCACAGCUUAUGCUUCUGCUCAUUUGCACUUUACUGAUAUUAAUCUACUUUGCAAAUUUGUUUUUUCAUUAGCUCACAUCUGUCUCUGCUGUGUAUUUAUUUCUGAGGAAGUUAACUGGGCAGAGUUCUUCAAGGAUGUUUACAGAUCUCACAGAGCUUGGGAGGUAGUAAUUAUCUCUUAAACCCCGGCAGUGUGAUUAUGAGUUUGCUGAAUUAUAGAACAAGCUACUUUAUUGUCUCCAAACCAAAUGAUGAACACAUCUGAUUGUGUGAUUUGGGCCAAGCCACUUCAACUCUCUUCACUUCUUUGAGUUGUUUUCGUUUGAGCUCCCUCAAAAGAUAACCAGGCUAUUGUAUAUUUCCCCCCAAGCCAAAAUAUGUUGGUCUGAUUGGUCAUUGACCUCUUCAAGGUAUCAAAUGUAGCACAAAUUGAAUUUCCUGAUAGGAGAGCUAAGGUAGUUGUUAAAUGUAACAGUAGGAUAGUUUGUUUAGUGGAACUUUUAAAACAUUUUAAAUUAACACUGUUUUUCAUGUUAACCUUCUGCUCCUGCUGGCUUUGAUUUCUGUCAAACAGUGUUUAUGAGGCAAGUUGUGUUUUAUUAAUCUUAAGGAACAACAAACUGUACAUGGUGCACAACAUAACAGUAACUUUGCUCACUCCACAGACAGGGCCUUAGUUGAUUUUGCUGUUUAAUUCUUUUUGGAUAGUCAAAGUGCUGAAGAAACACAAGAAGGUUAAACUGACAAGAAUUCUAAAAUAAGGUGUAAUUCGGUUCAAGAAUAGGAUACUUUUGGGUUAUCUAAAAUAGCAUGAAUUGUUGGGGGGUGGACACGGUUACAUUACCAUCUAUACCAAUUAAUGGAAACCAACAGAAAAAUCCUGCAAUAAAUUUGACCUUUGUUAAGCUGA